AUGAUCGAGCUUACCUCCCAGACUCUUGACCCGGACAAGUUCACCUCGGCCGUUCGGCUCAGCACCAAUGGUGCGGUGGUGACAUUCCUGGGCACGACCCGCGACAACUUCGAGGGCAAGGGUGUGCUGACGCUGGAGUACGAAGCCUUCGACGAGAUGGCGGUCAAGAAGCUGGAAGAGGUGCGACAGGAGCUGAUGGCCGAGUUCGGUCUGGACGAUGUGGCCAUCGGGCAUCGCACCGGAACGGUGGCUAUCGGCGAGAUCAGCUUGGUGGUCGCCGUGGGUUCCCCGCACCGCAAGGAGGGGUUCUACGCUUGCCACAAGGCCGUCGACAGGAUCAAGGAAGUGGUUCCCAUCUGGAAAAAGGAAGUGUACGAGGACGGCUCCCGGUGGGUGGCCUGCGAGGACCACGAGUUCACGCACGAGCACGAGGCGGCGCUACAGGGCGGGGACGGGUAGGCGCGACUAUAGUUUGUAGCCAACCGUCCUCGCCGCCUCAUUUGUAUCAUCGUUCGCCGUCGAUCUCGCGACGGUUCUGAAUUUCCUCAAUGAACUGGGCAACUGCUGCUAUUUCGUCAUCGGAAAGUUCCUGUAGGGCAACCUCCAACA